AUGUCAUUGAGGACUAAUAGACAGAUCCUAUCGCGUGGUAAGAAUUAUGCUAACAAGCAGCUGAAAAAAUUCGGGACAGAUGAAGUGACGUUUGAUAAAGAUCAAAGAUUAGAUUACUUAACUGGGUUUCAUAAACGUAAAAUACAGAGGCAGAAAAAGGCUCAGGAUUUCAAUAAAGAGCAGGAUCGUUUGGCCAAAAUUGAGCAAAGAAAAAAUAUACGUGCAGAAAGAAGACAACAACUAGACGAAAAAUUACGAAAUUUCAAAGAGGGGCUUGAUUUGGAUAGUGACCAUGACGAGCAAGAAGUACAGGUUGGCGAAGACGAGGAAGAGUGGAAAGGAUUCGAUUCAGAUAACGGAAGUGAAACAGAGAAAGUCAAACCAAUUUUGAAGACUCUCUAUAGUGAUAGUACCUCUGUUAGUGUGGAAACGCUGGAGCCAAACGAUAACUUUGAAUAUUUGGCAGAGGUCAAUAAUGUCAAGCUUGAUAAAAGUCGCGAAAUACUCGACCAAAGUAUCACAAGAGCAAGCAAAUAUGCAAAAUUCUUAGGUAUUAAAGAUGCCGAUGAAAAGACAAAACAGAAGCAGAAAAAGAAAAAAUUUAGAUAUUUAACCAAAAAUGAAAGAAAAGCCAAUCAGUAUAAGGCUAAUGGAAACAAGAGAAGGAGGCAGUGA